AUGCUAGAAGGCGACGAAGUGCCUCGCACCAAGGGCAAUUUCAGAGCGGGGCCCCAAGGACACCGACCACCUCGCCAGCAAGGGGAAGCACAGAGCCAAAGAGGUGGCAGCCCAGCGCAGAACCAGGGCCACUUUAAGCCACGAAGGCAGGACUCUGAGCAGAACACUAAGCACCUGAAUCAGUCAGGAGGACUUAAGGCGUUCCACCAUGAGAGCCAAGUCCAGGCAGGAGUUGGUAUUGUUUGGGCCAACCGCACGGUUGAAGAACCGAACCACUACCAGCUAGGCGCAAAGACAAGCCAGUACGCGGAGAUUGCUGCAGUACUCAUCGCCCUCCAACAAGCCACUCGGCGGGCUGUUGGACAGCUAGUGAUCUGCUCCGAUUCCAACUACGCUCGCCACAGCUUCAUCUCACACUUUCCCACAUGGAAGGAAAAUGGCAUGAGGAACGCCAGGAACAAGGAAGUCAAACACUCUGAACUCUUCCUGGCUUGCGACCGCCUUGUGAUAGACCAUGGGAUGACUGUGUACUGGAAGAAAGUCAAAGGUCACUCCCAGAUCUCGGGUCCCGAUAAGGAUGGCAACGACGAAGCCGACCGGUUAGCCAAGUUAGGUGCCGAGCAGGGGACACCCUGGGAGUUCAGUGAAGAUUGGCUUCCGACGUCCCAAGUCAGCACGGUGAAUGCCAUCACCCGCCGACAGGCGCGAGAGAGACAAGAGGACCCUCAGUCCUGCGCACAAACAGUGCAUUUGGGUCGGAAACCUGGAGAUGCCGACUUGGUUGCCAUGCAGGAACGGGAUCCUGCCAUACAAGCUAUCCGCCAGUUAAUGGCAGAUCCCACGGCACAGCAAACACUUCAACCAUCGACUAAUGAGUCCAAAGAGCUGAAGGCUCUUCGCCAUGUCCAACCCCAUCUCAGAAUUGACAAGGGCCUGCUGGUCUACAGCCCUGAUGGUCAGGGACCGGCUCGUUGGAUCGUCCCGACGGACCAUAGGGGGGUGAUACUGGCCCAUGCCCACAACUCCCCUGUCGGGGGUCACCGGAGCUACAAGGCUACUCUUAAAACCCUGCAGCAGGUUGCCUACUGGCCAUCCAUGGCCCGUGACAUGCAACUCUACGUCCAAGGAUGUCUGGUUUGCUGUCAAUUCCAACCUUCACGACCCUUGAACCGGGUCCCACCUCCAGAUGGACUGGAUUGGUCCACUCCCCAAGUCUUCAAGAGGUAACAAAUAUCUCUUGACUGUGACCUGCUCAUUCACGAAGUGGGUCGAGUGUCUUCCGGCGCCCAACGACACAGCUGUGACAACAGCAGUCCUGCUGCUAAACCACGUCUUCAGCCGCUGGGGGCUGCCACUCUCCGUCGACUCAGACAGAGGCACUCACUUCACCUCAAGUGUCAUGACAGCCAUGUUCGAUAUUCUGGGAGUGGAAGUCAACUUCCACAUCCCAUACCACCCCCAGUCAUCAGGUCAAGUCGAGCGUGCCAAUCGCACUAUCAUCAGCAUGCUGAAGAAGUAUGUUAGUGGUAGUGGCAAGGAUUGGGACGUGAAACUCCCUCUGGUGUUGAUGGCCAUCCGGUCUACCCCGCACCGCUCUACGGGAGUGAUGCCUUUCGAAAUGAUGACUGGGAGGGAAAUGACCUUGCCGUUACAUCUUCUGUAUUGCCCAGAGGAUGUAAGUGUGGCAAUGGCCUACACAGCACAUCAGUACGUCACUGAUCUGCGAGACCAUCUUAGAGUCACGUUUGCAUGGGCCCAGGAGAACCUGGAAACCAGUGCCAGAGGAGCAAAGGCCUAUUACGAUAGGAAAACGUCCCAUCGAUGAAACUCCCUUGGAUCCUUGGCAUCUUCCUCAGCCUACGAGUUGCUGUGCCCACUGAUGUGGUCAACCUUGGCCCUCCAACCGGUAUCGUCCUGCAGGAGAUACCGGGACUCCUAAUUACCCGGUGCAGCCUAUACACCCAAAGAAUCUACAUCCACCUGCCUCCACGCCUGACGGAGGGCAGAUUAAGCGGAACCCAAACGCAUGACACUGUUGAGCACGCCAAACAAACAACCAUCCACAUGCUCGAACAGCUGCAGAAGUUCCUGGUCACAGAGAAGGACCUCAGUAGUGGGAAACGACCAAAGAGGUUCCUUGGAGGACUGUUCACCGCAGUCUUGGCCAUUGGAUCGCUGUUUUCAAUUGGACUCUUGGCUGCCAACUCUGUCAGCAUUAAAGCCCUUCAAAGGCACAUGGGCGAACUCAGUGAGGAAAUGCCAGAAAUCCAACAGACUCCUCAUCCAACGUGAACAAUUACAGGACUUGGGUAAAACCCUCCAAGGUACCAUAGUAACUGUUAACCUUCAUUCUGCCCUCAUCAAUAACGCCUUGCAUGCCUUAGGGACAUUGUCAGAAGUAGUCAGGGAUGAUUUUAUGUACGUACGCGUAGUGAGAGAUCUAAUGCAGGACCUCCUUAGGGAAAUUAGCUCCUCAGUUAGCAGUCUGAGCGGUGGGCAAAUACCGACCUACCUCGUUCCCAUGAGCCUGGUCGAGCAAACCCUCAGAUCUGCAACAACUACUGUGCUACAGUCAUCACAAACUCACUUGGCAUAUAGUCUUGGUAGUGCAAUCCCGGUUUAUGUGAACCCACAGAACCUGGAGAUAGGGUUCCUUCUCAACCUUCCUAUCAUAGAACGGCAGAAUGUGUAUAGGUUAAAGUCAGUGCUGAAUGUUGGUUUUUGGCAAGACAACACUCAUGUCCACCUAAAGACACCACCAACACUUGCAUACCACGACGAUGACCCCUCGCUCUACCUUAGUCCCAACCUUAACUUGUGCACCAAAACUAAGGACGUCCACUGGGUUUGUCCAGGCAAUCCCUUCAUUCAGGAUGUUAGCAAUUAUCUCUGUGGCCUAAGAGCCGAGUCCUCUGAACAAAAGUGUCAGGGUAGACUGUCUGUUAAAGACGAAGGUAUGGACACUAAGGUAGAACGAGCAGGUAAUCGAUGGCUCGUUAGCACACCUGCUAGCGAAGCCCUAAUGGCCUACGAUCGUCAUGACACAACCACUAAAUUGACCCUACCCAACCAGACGAUGUUCUUGACGGUUCCUCAGGGAGCCACCAUACACUUUGGUGACAUUGUCCUCCAUCAUCUCAACCCUGACCAAACGACAAGGAGAUUGAGAUUAUGGACACAUUCAGAGGUCACAACUUAACCAUUGACGGCACCCUUCAGCAACAGCUCCUAGCUGAGGGAACCAAAUUAGUGAAGUUUAGUCUCAAACCGUCUGGACUCACUACGGCUUACUUUAGCCACAGGUCGUCACCUUCACAGGAACAUCAUGUCAGUUGGGCCGCCUUUGGGCUCCUUCUUAGUGGUUGGGUCAUCACGGCAGCCAUUGCGCACAUCAUGUUCAGAUACAUUCGCAGGUUGCAGGCCAGACUGGACACCCUCUUGGUGGUUCCACGGCACUUCACGCACCAGUCUGCGUCUGCCCCUCGUACUAACACCAGUCCUCUCCAGGAGUAGGCCUGACAGCCUCUAACCCCCUCCUGCUUUUCUUCACCCCUACCUUGGGCUUUCCCCUAGUGCCAGUGGUGAACAUUGAGCAGCAAAGGAUUGUAAGCAUACCUGAAUGUAUUUUUCUUCCUGCUUUUGAUGUGUAGCGUAGUUUAGAGACAUUCUGCCCAGACGAAACCUCAGUGCUUAUCUGCCCAGACACUAAAACCUCUGCUUACUGAACUGUACAGACUCUGACUUUUCCUCAGGUAUCAUGGACUCUUUGUUUCAAGGAUAUGGAUUAUGUAACCCACUGGUCACACCUCCUACAUGGAUUAGUUGGCCCUUGAGUUGCUCUGAAGACUGUGGCCAGCACCCCACUCCUCAGACCAAAGGGGGGAUGUUGGGCCUCCACAUACAGUCAGACAAAGAUGGGCCUACAUGGAAACCCUGAGGCCUGGCCACGAGGCCGCCUUUGUUCUCCUGAAACAAAAGAUCAGCACCAAAAGCUGAUCACUAACUCCAUUCCCCAGCGUGCACCAUUUCGCACCUAGGUGCUAAGUAGGAAAUGAUCCAACACAGUCUCUGAUUGGCAGAGACGCACCAACAUUACGGGGACGUCAUCCCCCUUUAAAACACAGAGCGGGACAGAAUCUCGUCCUCUUUCAGGUACUCUUGCUUAGGAGAAGGUCCGCCUUUUCGAUCAGCUGGAUCGCCAACGAAAGGGACUUGUACACGUGUGCUAUUCCCCCUUUUCUUUGGAGUUUCUCCCCUCGCUGGAUGAGACGAGACCUCGACCAAUGUUCAUCCGAACACCGUAACGUUACCGGAUCCACGAGAGACUGCUGUUUGCAACCCAGCGCUCUCACCCGAUACCUGCAGAAGGGAGAAAGGAUUUUCUCCACGGAGACGCGGAUAACUUCUACGCCCCGCUGUCUACCGACUGAGUCGACCACCCUGUGUUCUAUGCUGCCCCGCCGAGGAACCAUCGCCGUCAUUCCCGGGAAACAAGGACGGCUCCGCCAGCACCACACACCGGAGGACCCGCUGCUGGAUUUCACUGACAGACUUUGCCACACACACACACAUCGGUUCGCUCCGGAGAACGACACAAAAUGUAUUUCACUCCGGUUUUUCAAACCCAGCCUUCGUCGUCUGAACUCGCCCUCUGAUGCGUCAAGGCUGGCCGAAGCCUCCCACAGGUAAGGGUCAGCUGCGGUGUAUCGGGUGAAGAUCCCUGAGAGGAUGAGGGAGGAGGCGAAGGCUCGGAGGAGGCUCCAAGUGCUGGCAGCUGGUGCUCAGUGAGAAUGUGCUCCGGUUUGGCCAGUACCGGGGUCAAACGUUUAAACGGCUGUUAAGCAACGAUGUGGGCUACACCUAUCAUCCUGGUGUCCCACCAGAAGGAGAGGGAAGGCGGGGACACGUCUCAGUCGCCCCUCACCACCAACAUAGCAGCUGUACUUGUCUCCUACGCCCAGCUGUUCCCAGAGAUGACGGCGGCCAUCCAGCAGCGUAGGAUGCACAAGGGCGCUCAGUCAGUGAGGGGUAUGGAUCAGACGCUGGUGGGGUUCGGUGCUCACGCCAGGGAGAUGUACUGGUCCCUGUAUGAGUCAACCAGCGGCGAGAGUUGAAUGUAAGUAUUGCAAGCGAUGGUGCAGGAGACAAUGGGAGCUAACGGGAUUUUUUUGUUGUUCUUGUCAUGUCUGUAGUUACCUGCAGUGACUGAGGAAGCAGAAGGUGAAGGCGGGGUCCCAGAUGUACACGCUGCAUGUGUAUGUGCUGUACGACCAGGACAACGAGGCGGCGGCAAAGCCAUCAGCUGCUCCUCCGGCCUCCAGCAGACAGAACCGCAGCCUCCAUCAAGUAAUUAAUAACAUCGAUGUAAUUCUCACUGUACUGCCUGAAAUGUACUUUGCUUGUGUUUCAUUCUUUCUGUGCAGGAUGGAGCACAAAAAAGCAAGACGAAAAAACAGGCACCUGGAGCAGGAGGCUGAAAAGAAAGAACCCAGACACCUGGACACCCAGCACGCAUUUUAUGGAGGACAGUUUUUCUGUUCUCUGGAGUUGGGGCCUGGUGGAAGGACGCAACAGCAGUGGCUGCAGGAGGUCAGGGCAGCGAAAGACAUCAAAAUCCCCCCGAUGACCCUGUGGAGGCUGAAGAAGCAACAGGACAGCGAGCAGCCUGAAGCCUCAUAAAAUUAGGGUCUGCCAAAGGUGUGGCCAGCCUGCACAGAAAGAGUUUGGAUAAAGCCAGCACACUAUCAACCAUAAGAAAGAACACUUUUGUGCCCUUUAUGAAGGGAAGACUGUGGACCUGAGGCAGGUAGAGAGGAGGAGAGCGAUGGAGCCAGAGGAGAACACAGAGAAAUGUAAAUAAAAGUCUUUUUGGUUCAACUUUACGUCCUCUCAGAACACUCUUUUGUUUCUUUUAAUAAAUGUCACAGAAAUGCAAAAACAUUAAAGUUAUUCACACUGGCAGUGAUACAAAUUUGCGUCAGAAACAUGACUUUGUGACGACUCAUUCUGCUCAAGCAGCCGACCAAACUGCCUUCACCAGACUGACUGACAUGUCGGCUACACAGGAAGAAAUCCACAGUUUAUAAAUACAUGAUGAUGAAUAUGAUACAUGAAUUAAUAUUGAUUCAUUGGCUUUAUUUCCCGCCCACCGUAGUUUAAAAACACAUCCAGCAGAAUAUUUAUCUCACGUCAACAUCCCACGUUGGCCUUCACAAUAAACAGCUGUGUGUGUAGAUUACACUUUGAUUGGUUGAUGCUUUUACUCGCUGUGUGAAAACUGCUUUUUCACCUCAUAAUAUUCACGUUCUGUGUGAAUAAAAAGCCUGGUGUGUAAAGGCCUUUAGCAUAAACACCUGCAACCUCAGAGUUAGUGAGAGAGCAGUGAGUAACGUUAUUAAAAAUAUACACCGUAUAAUGUUAAUAUAACUCUCAACAACUGCACUCAAUCAUUUCUACAGAGAACAACAGUUGGUAGUUGGUGAGUUUUCCUAGCUGUUCUUUUGUGCUAACGCCAGCUAGAAUUGCUGUUGUUUUGUGCUAACGUUAGCUAGAAUUGCUGUUGUUUUGUGCUAACGUUAGCUAAAUUCAGCCUUUGAAACCCAGUAACGUGAAAAGUUGAUGUAAAAUCCAUUAAAGAGAUGUUAAACUGUUAGUAACAGUUCAGAUA